AUGAAGCUCUUCACAGGCCUCAUUCUCUGCUCCUUGGUGCUGGGAGUCCACAGCCAGUGGCUGUCCUUCCUUGGUGAGGCAUAUGAAGGGGCUAAAGACAUGUGGAGAGCCUACUCUGACAUGAGAGAAGCCAACUACAAGGGUGCAGACAAAUACUUCCACGCCCGCGGAAACUAUGAUGCUGCCCAAAGGGGACCAGGGGGUGUCUGGGCUGCUAAAGUGAUCAGCACAAUGAAGCUUUUCAUAGGCAUUCUUUUCUGUUCCUUGAUCAUGGGAGUCACUGGCGAAGGCUGGUAUUCAUUCUUCAAGGAGGCUGUGCAAGGGGCUUCGGACUUGUGGAGAGCCUACUGGGACAUGAGAGAAGCCAAUAUCCAGAAUUCAGGCAGAUACUUCCGCGCCCGAGGGAACUAUGACGCUGCUCAAAGGGGCCCUGGGGGCGUCUGGGCUGCAAAAAUCAUCAGCAAUGUCGGGGAGUACCUUCAAGGAUUCUUACACAAGAUUUACCUUGGAAGAGACAGCUAUGGGUUGGAGGACCAGGUGUCCAACCGGAGAGCUGAGGAAUGGGGCCGGAGUGGCCAAGACCCAGAUCGCUUCAGACCUGCAGGCCUGCCGAAUAAAUACUGA